AUGACACACAGGCAUCAUACUCCGCAAGGGACCUGUGACUAUUCUUUGAAGAAGCAGAGACCCCCCAGGGUAAAGAGUAGCCCUCCAAGAAGAAUCCCAAACGCUGACAGCAGAGAGAGUCCAGCGACUGAGACACUGGGCUCGAACAGAAUCAAAGAGGAAUCUAAACCAGAGCCUCUGGGAUGUUGUGGUACAGAAGAGACAGACUGAGACAGACAUCCUCCAGCAAAUCAACACAACCAGCUGCCUGUCUCGUCCUUUUCCAACAGCAUUGUCCACUGUAACCAACCUAGUAAUUUACUCAGUUCUGCUUCCAAACACAUUCUUAGGUCAUGGGUGGAGAAUAUGGUCCAGACGGGGGGUGUUCACAGCGUCAGUGAGAGUCUGCACAGCUGCCACGUGUGCAGCAAGACCUUCACAACACCCUCCAGCCUCGAACCACACGUCAUGUGCCAUUCACACGAGAGACCUUUCGAUUACAAGUGCUGCAAGUUCAGGUUAGCCGAUCUGAAUAAGGACGAGUGCAUUCAUACAGGAGAAAGGCCAUAUACAGGGCUCUGUAGACGAAGAUUCAACCGAACAGAGAUUCUCAGAAGACACUUGAAGGUUCAUUAUGGAACAGGACUAUGA